AGCGUCUCAAACAGCCCACAAACCCUCCAGCUCCCACCAUAAUCCACCAACACAGCGCGAAGCCAGCGCGCGGCAGGUUCCUUGUAUCGCUUUUCGACUUGGCAUAUCCCCGGCACCCCAGCAACCACAUAAUAUUGCCCAUUACGUUUUCAAAAGCAACCCGCCAGUCCAAUGAGGACCAGCCAAAGUUCGUGGAAAGCGGGAGUACUACUAUUAGCAGAUGGCGAUAAUGGCAGGCGACUGCCGUCAUGAGUGCGAAAGAGGGAGCACGAGCUUACCAUCACGGGUCACGGUUGCAAGCCCGACCGCAAGUGCAGAUGCAGGCAUGCGCUUGGACUUGCGCUUGGACUUGCACUUGCCUCUUGCCAGUAUACACCACAAAUCCCCUUCACCAGCAGUCCGCACAUGUUACCUCACGCCAUCCGCCCAAUUCACCGCCAACGAACCCAUCCAAAACCCUCCAAUGCCACGAAAGCCGCCGCCGCCGCUGCAAAAAUCCCCAUACCUAACUUACAAUCCCCACCACCAUUACCGCCACCACAUACAGGCUCCAGCACAGCUCCCCAGGGAAGCGGUUUUGACUACCACUACCAACCCCCCUUCCCCGUCUUCCGGACCCAAACGUAACGUAGCAUACAGCGCGGACAACAGGCGCGCGCGUAAGGCUUAGCUUACGCUUUGCUACGAUCAACAACGAUCCUUCAUGCCACGGUUAGACCGGCACCCCCAUUUCUGUCUUGCAA